AUAGAUAUGAGCUCUGAUCACCCGCCUUUUCUCUGUCUGUCGGCAUGGUGGGCAGAGCUCCCCGCACGGGCACCGCGGCAGCCAGCCGGGGCCAGGGAGGGAACCAGCUUCCCAGCCUGCGCUGCCUGCCCUAGGCGUAGGGCGAAGGCCCAGAACCCAGUGCUGGGAUUGCUGUGGCUGAGGAAUCCUGGGGAGAGGGGCAACGUCCUGCCCUUGGUUAUGGGACUUGUGUUGGGGCAGCUAUUUUCCGGGAGACUGAUGUUGCCGUUGGAACGCUCUGACUGUCACGGAGGUGGGAGUCCAGGCCUUGCCUGGACCCCAGGUCUAGGAAAGAGACACGGCAGCCGCUGAGGAGAGAGAGGCCUUGGGGCGAGUGGAUGGGGGGCCUUCGGGGCCAAGUGGCGCAGAGGGGUUCGAGGAAGGAGGGAAGAGCCGCUGAGAGCCUGCUCCCAGAGCCAACGGACCUCCUGGGGGGCCGCAGGGACCUUGCCGGCUCAAGGGCGCCACAGGAGCCUAGGGGAGACGCGGCGUGGAUGCCUAGGCCUCGGCGGGGCUCCGACGCGGGCAAGGGGCUGGAUGUGAGGCGGGCUGGUAUCAGGCUAGAAAGCAGAGAGGGUGAGGCAGGCGGAGGCGCCCAUGAUUUGUCUCUGGUUGGGGGGAGGGGGGAGCGAGAGCCCAGACACCCUGAGAAAAGGACUCCAGAGCCUUUUGUCCACCAGACCCCCGCGACCCAGCUUCCAGAGGGCCACGGGGUGUCUCCGCGGGCUGAACUCACUUCUUGUGCUAGUGCUGGGAAAGAAAGGGCAGAGAGGCGACAAGAGGGGAGAGAGAGAGACUGACACACUGCGAGGGGUAAGGAAGUGGAUCCGCGGGCAGAGAGGCCGAGGAAAGUGAGAGACAGGAAGAAGGAAAGAGGAAAACAGAGUAGUGAGAAGACGGGAGGGAGAUGAAGGGAGAAGGAAGACAGAGACAGAGGAGGAGACAGGGUGACAGGGCCGAGUGGGCACCAGGGCCUGGUCCGGGGGAGCUCUUCCUGGGGUUUUGGCGUGGGUUUUUUGAGCUGGCACUCGCGAUUCCGGAGUCAGGAAUGGAGAGAGAACCAACUUACUCCGCGGCGAACGCUCUGGGCAGAGAUAUGUAAAUCAGGGCUUCUUGCGCCUGGAGAGCGCCGCAAUUAAGCUUCUUGAACAAGAAGCAACAAGCUCCCAGCGGGCAUGCUGCAGAGGGUGGCGGCGUCGUGGGGGAGGGAGCGGCUGCAGGAAGGGAUGUGGGGGGUGGGAAGCUCACACCCUCACACCUAGUCCCCGGUGCCCCGGGCUGGGGCUGCCCCCUCCGCACUCCGCUCCUUUCUCUUCCCCCUUCCUCCCCCUUCUCCUUCUCCCCCUCCCUCCUCCUCCCUGCCGGCUUUGGUCCGCGUACUUAAAGCAGCGCGGGAGGGCGGGCGCGGGAGGGCGGCCCAGCCGGGCGGUGGCAGAUGCACCCAGCAGUGGCAGCCGCCGGAGGCGCACAGGUGACCGGCCUGCGGCACAGUCUGGUCAGGGGGCGCCUGGGGAUUGCUGGCUGGAGAGGGAGGCCGAUCCGCCCCCAGCGCGCGUGUGUCUCGGCGCCAGGAGCCGUCCCGGGGCGUGUUGGCGAGCGCUGAUACAGAUAUAAGGACAUUUCUCUCCAUGGCGUCACGUGACAUAAUUACCACCAGAAUCAAUCAAGAUGAAUUGCACGUCAGCGACCGGUGGGGAUUUUUGCUUAGUUGAUCCCGGCCCAAGCCUCUUGUGCAAUCGAUGGCUCAGGUUGACGGCGCGGGGAGCGGCCCAGGGCUCGCAGGCGCGCACGCCGCGGAGCCAUGAACGACUUUGACGAGUGCGGCCCUAGCGCAGCCAGCAUGUACCUGCCCGGCUGCGCCUACUAUGUGGCCCCGUCGGACUUCGCCAGUAAGCCGUCGUUCCUGUCUCAACCGUCGUCUUGCCAGAUGACUUUCCCCUACUCUUCCAACCUGGCGCCACACGUCCAGCCCGUGCGCGAAGUGGCCUUCCGCGACUACGGCCUGGAGCGCGCCAAGUGGCCCUACCGCGGCGGAGGCGGCGGCGGCGCUGGGGGCGGUGGCGGCGGGGGAGGCCCCGGCGGGGGCGGCAGUGGUGGCGCCGGCGGCUACGCUCCCUACUACGCUGCAGCAGCGGCGGCGGCGGCGGCGGCGGCGGCGGCGGCCGAAGAGGCGGCCAUGCAGCGCGAGCUGCUCCCGCCCGCGGGCCGCCGACCGGACGUGCUCUUCAAGGCGCCCGAGCCAGUGUGCGCCGCGCCCGGGCCGCCACACGGCCCCGCAGGCGCCGCCUCCAACUUCUACAGCGCCGUGGGCCGCAACGGCAUCCUGCCGCAGGGCUUCGACCAGUUCUACGAGGCUGCGCCCGGGCCCCCGUUCCCCGGACCGCAGCCCCCACCGCCGCCCGCGCCUCCGCAGCCCGAGGGCGCUGCCGAUAAAGGCGACCCCAAAACAGGGGGCAGUGGCGGCGGGGGCAGCCCUUGUGCCAAGGCGACCCCCGGCUCAGAGCCCAAGGGGGCAACAGAAGGCGGCGGCGGCGGCGACAGCGAAGGGCCCCCGGGGGAGGCAGGGACUGAGAAGAGUGGCGGCGCAGUGGCCCCACAGAGGUCCCGGAAAAAGCGCUGUCCUUACACCAAGUACCAGAUCCGUGAACUGGAACGCGAGUUUUUCUUUAACGUGUACAUAAACAAAGAGAAAAGACUCCAACUCUCUCGGAUGCUCAAUCUCACUGACCGGCAAGUCAAAAUCUGGUUCCAGAAUCGCAGGAUGAAAGAAAAGAAACUGAACAGAGACCGUCUGCAGUAUUUCACUGGAAACCCCUUAUUUUGAGAGCUCCAGGAAGCACCCCCCUCCCCCGAACUUCUCUCACCCACCCUGCUCCCCACAAGCCUGCCCUCGGCAGGCCCAAUGUCCUUGGGCUUAAUGACGCCUCUUCUCUGUGGAACUCCACGACUCCUUCCCACGGUCAACUCGGGACCUCCCAGCGACCACUGCAGCCUGCCGACGAGGCCGGGACUUGGCCGAAUGGAUCCUAAUAAGGGGAAAAUGGUAAAUGCAAACAUCCCUUUACAAUUUUACCGCCAAUGUGCUGUUGUUCUCCCUCCUUCUCUUCGAGUCCCCGUGGGGACGCUGUGGGAUCUGUAGAGAGUUAGGCCUCUGGGCUGGAAGGCACUUGUUAUUGUUCUGAGUUUAAGGAACCCAGACCUUCCCCCCUUGGUGAAUACAAAUUAUUUAAACUGGGAAAUGUACCUUUGGUCUGUCUUAUCAAGGCAUGAGUCACUGUCUUUUGUGUGAAUAAAUGGUUUCUAGUAAAAUGAAGGUUACAGCUUCAA